AUGGUGCAAUAUAGACUCUUGCUGGGCGCAUUGGCCCUAGUUGCUCCAGGCAUCUGCCAGCCCAUGGUGGGAGGAGACGGUAAGCCACUCGUCGUCCACGAUGCAACCUCUACGGAUAUUGCGGCAAGCAUAGCCGUUCGGGACACCACUGCUGCGGAGGCGAAGACAACCGGUGCGGGGUCAGAAGAAGGGCAGAGUUCUAUCUAUUCCGAGGACGGGGAUGAGGAUGACGAUGGGAGCGAGACCGAUCUCGAAUCCCGAGGCUCAGUCAACCAAUUUGGCGUUUCGUACUCGCCGUACCGAGCCGACGGCAACUGCAAGAGCCAAGCGGAAGUUGUGGACGACAUUUCGCGGCUAAAGGGAAAGUACGGGCUGCUGCGCGCGUACGGCACUGACUGCGGUCAGGUGCCCAAGAUCAAGAAUGCGGCCAAGACGAUCGGCGCCAAGGUCAUGCUGGGCAUCUACGACAUCAACCAGGUGGACGCGGAGGCGGCCCUCAUCGUGGCGGGUGUGGCGGGCGACUGGGCGCGCGUGCACUCGGUCAGCGUGGGCAACGAGCUGGUCAACAACGGGCAAGCUAGCACGGCGCAGGUCAAGGCCGCCGUGGUCGCGGCGCGCAAGAAGCUCCGCGCUGCCGGGUUCAGAGGCCCCGUCGUCGCCGUCGACACCUUCAUCGCCACCAAGUCCAAUCCCGAACUGUGCGAGUGCUCCGACUUCUGCGCCGUCAACGCCCACCCUUACUUCGACAGCACCAUGACCGCCGACCAGGCGGGCACCUGGUUGCGCCGUGAGGUCAAAGCCGUCAAGGCCGCGCUCAGCAGAGACAUGCGCGUCAUGAUCACCGAGACCGGGUGGCCGACCGUCGGCGCUACCAACGGCAAAGCCGUUCCCGGCAGGGCCAACCAGGAAAAGGCCAUACAAUCCAUCCGCGCUGCCUUUGCCGAUAGCCUCGCCGAGAUCGUCCUGUUUACCGCCUUUGACGACCUCUGGAAGAAGGAUGCCCCCAACGACCAGCACUGGGGUAUCGACGGGGCUGUCUCCGCCUGCGACGCUGCUUUCGUUUGA